GACAUACCUGAACCACCGCAAACAGAAGCAGGUCGUUGGACUUUCCAUUCACAAAAAGAGUUUCCUCCACCACCCCCUUUUGAAAAAAAGUUGAAAAGAUAUCCUACAGGUGCAGAAACAGGUUGUUCCAUUCCAAUCGAUCUUUCUCAUCUUACGAUUUAUCAAUAA